AACAUCCGGGAUAUUUUCUUCUCAUUCAAAGAUGGCGCCUAAAGGAAAAGUUGUAGAUCGGGAAGGGGGACUCGACGGCGUUUGUGAAGCUGAAGAUGGCGAAGAUUUAUGGUCAAGUAUACUAAGUGGGUCAGAGGAGACGGCACCAAAGAAGAAGCAAAAGUGCUUACUUCUAUUGGGUGACAAUGAGACAGGAAAGACAACCCUCGUGACAAAGUUGCAAGGGAAAGAUGAUCCUAAGAAAGGAGCAGGACUUGAAUAUCAUUACAUAGAUGUCAAAGAUGAAUAUAGAGAUGAUCAUUCAAAACUGGGUGUCUAUCUAGUCGAUGGUGAUUCAGAUUAUAUUUCUCUCCUAAAAUUUGCUAUGAAUGAAGACACGUUUGAGCAUUGUCUAAUUUUGUUGGUGGCAUCUAUGGCUGCACCAUGGAAUUUAUUAGAUAGUUUGCAAAAAUGGACAGAGGUUUUGCAACAGCAUAUUAAUCGAUUAAAGGUUCCACCUGAAAAAAUGCACGAAUACGAAGAAAGCAUGGUUACUCACUUUCGCGAAUAUGUUGAACCCGAUGAAAAUCAGAGUAGUUCGAGCAGGCGAACCUUUGAGAAUCCUUUACAUCCUUCCCCGUCGGAUGAGAAUAAAGUUCUUUUACCGUUGGGUGAAUCAACUCUUGUGAACAACCUGGGUGUUCCAAUUAUUGUAGUCUUAACUAAAAGCGACUCCAUAUCAACCUUAGAAAAGGAACAAGAUUAUCGAGAAGAACAUUUUGACUUUAUUCAACAGCAUAUUAGGAAAUUUUGCUUAAGAUUUGGAGCUGCAUUAUUUUACGUUUCGGUGAAAGAAAACAGAAACUUAGAUUUGUUAUAUCGAUAUAUCGUUCAUCGAAUUUACGGAUUUCCGUUUUCCAUGCCUGCGUUGGUGGUGGAAAGAGAUGCUGUAUUUAUACCUUCAGGGUGGGAUAACGAAAAGAAAAUUAGCAUUCUCUAUGAAAAUAUGACUUCAAUGCAACCAUCAGACAAUUUUGAAGAUGUUAUUGCUAAACCUAUUGUCAGAAAACCAACUCAAAGGGAGAAUGAAGUAGCUGCCGAAGACGAACAAACGUUUUUAAUGCGGCAACAAACACAAAUAACAAAACCAGCUACUCCUGGCAGGGAGGCUCCAAUAAGGUCCGGUUUGAAAAACUCUCCAGCUUCUCGACAAUCGCCAAGCAGUUCAGCUGGGCCGAAAAAAGAUGCUCUUAAAGGUGCUCAGCCAGAUACAGGAAAUGGUGUUCUUGCUAGUUUCUUUAAUAGCUUACUUAGCAAAAAUCCUUCACAACAAAGAAGUGGAUCAGUGACUAAAGGUUCAACAUCUUCUCCAGUGUCUUCAACUCCAGAAGCUCCUCGAACAUCAGAUGCUGCUGCAGAGUUGAGCAGGCUGUCUAGGACUCCCGUAAAACCUCCCUCGUCAAACAGUUCAACUUGA